UGUCACGAGUGCAUGUUGUCUGGCAUUUCAUUUGUUGUUCUAUUUUAGCAUUAAAUUUUCAUGUACAAUUUAUAAAACAGUUUUAUUGUGCAAGAAAAACUAUACAAUAAUCAGAAAUUUGCUUCAUUUAUACAUUGUCUACCAGUAAAUUUCUUUACAAUGACGACUGAACCAGAACCGACCGAUUUGGAUUGGGUGCAACUGCGCAAAGAUAUGGGAAGAGCGCAUCAUGGGGAAACGAUGAAAGAAAAAUUUUCAAGAAAAUUUGAGGAAAAUCCGUUCGUCCCUAUAGGCUGCUUAGCAACUGCUGGUGCAUUAUCAUACGGGCUUUGGUCAUUCAGGCAAGGCAGAUCCAAGAUGUCUCAAACUAUGAUGCGUCUCCGCAUUGUUGCACAAGGAUUCACUAUUACGGCUCUCAUCGCUGGAGUAAUGUUGGCAGCAAAGAAAUAAUUAUAUGUUGUAAAUUAUAUUAUUGUCAGUACAGCCACAUGCAAAUGAUUUAUGCUUCUAACACACACGAGACUACCUUUAGUCUGCAAAUAAAUUACAUAAUGAUAUGGGUAUGUUCUUAAACCAGAUCUUGAAAAACGUGUCCUCUCGGGCACUGGCUAUACUCACUCAUAGACUCAUCUGAGUGACUGCACAAUAUUUUUGAGUAUGACUAUUUGCAUCAAACUGUACCAAAACAAACCAAAAAUUUUAUGCAAAAUGUCUGCAGAUAACAUGAUAACUUUUGAUGGCUGGUUGUCUGUAAAUAUUAUUAAGUACUAUUAGUUAAUAUUAAAGUACAUUUUUAUUUUACAUAGUCUAAUAUAGGUAAAAACUGCAUA